ACUGUUCUCAUCCCUGGAAGCAGUGCUGGGCGCUUUCCCUCGUUCUCUUGCUGGUUAUUAAGGUGCUUUUUAAUGAAAUGGGUCAGCAGUGUUGGGGUGAAGGCAGCGCUGAUGGCUGUGGCCGGACAUGGGAGGACAGCAUGCGUUUCCAGCAGUAACACUGCCUGCAUCCAGGGCUUCAGAGCUGGAGGAGGAGGAGGGUGUUGCAGCUUGGAGCUUUGUCAGGUUUGCUCUUUGCAGCAUACGCUCCCUUCUUUGAGGAUUAGGCCGUACGUUGCCAAGCUAAUGGAGCAGCAGCAAGGUUAGUCUUUUUUUUUUUUUUCCUUCUUUGAGGGAGCCUGGGGAAUAAUUCAGGCUCUGAUUACCCAGUUCACCUUCUCCGAUCCUCUGGUAAGAGCAGCAGCAGUGUGCCCUGCUGGCAGUGACUCGCUGUCCUGCCUGGUGUCCUUAUGGCACGGUGCUUCCUGGUGGACCCCAUCCCAGGACUGCUCUUCAUGUUGGUGGUGCUGUGUGCAAUGUGGGCUCUGCUCGCCUCCUCCCCCACCGUUGCUGUUAAGAAAUGUCAUCCAACAACUUCAGUGAUGCAGACAAGAUUGCAGCCCUUGCAAACUAAGGCUUGGUACCUCUCUGCCAGGGCUGUGUUCUCCCGUGCUGGAAGGGAUGGGGGGAUUUGUGCGUGCUGUGUCAAAUAGCAGACGAGACUGAGCAAUCAGUGCUGCUUUGUGUCCUUCAAAAUCCAUUAUAGAAACCUGCUAUGAAUGGGUGACUUGAUGCUUUGAUGUAAGAAGCAGCAGCCUGUUCUUCUAGCUGGGUCAGUGCCUGGAUUCGAGCCAGGCGAUGCUCUUAAAUCGCUUUGCUGGAGUCAUGAGUACAAUUUCAAACCUUGGGAUAUUUAAAUAGAAGGAGCCAAUGGGAUUAGAGUCAAAAAGCUCAUUCUACGAGUGGGAAGGAUCGGGCCCAGAAGGAAGCUCCUCCAUCUGUGCUGGAGACAGGGCUGUCACUGCGGGGUGUCCCACAAAGCCCUGCUGCCCAAAGCUGGGUUUUGGAAGUGUGUGACAACCUAAUGUGUGAUGGCAAGGAAAGGGAUGGCUCUGCCCUGGAUGCAGAAGAGCUCAGAAGGCUCCAGAACAGCCUGGAACAGGUCGAUGAUGGCAAAUACUCCCUUCAAAGCCAUCAGCUUGCCAUGGAUGAGGAAAAUAAUAUUGAAAAAUAUCGUAUCAACUUACAGCCCUUGGAAACAAAAGUGAAAAUCAUCCAGCGCGCAUGGCGGCAGUACCUGCGGCGCCAGGACCUGCGCCCCGAGCAGCUGGGCAAGCGCAGCCCCUCCCCGCCCUCCCUGUCCUCUGACAAGAUGAGCAGCUCCAUCAGCAUGAACACCUUUUCGGACAGCAGCACGCCGGAUUCCCGGGAGGAUGGCAUGGAUUUAGGCAGCGACGCCGGCAGCAGCCGCUCCAGCUCGGAGUCCAACUCCAGCAAAGUGACUCCGUGCUCCGACUGCAAGUCCUCGCCGUCCCCCAGCAGCUUAGACCUGGCGGCGCUGGACGACGACUCGGAAGAAGAGGAGGAGGAGGAGGACGACGACGACGACGAAGACGACGAAGCCGCCUACCUGCCUCCCCGCUGCCCGGGCCCCGCCGAUGCCCUCCGCGCCGCUCCCGCCCUCCGCCGCUCCCCGCAGCGCUCCGCCGCUCCCCGCCCGCGGCCGCACCACCGCCCGCUGCCCCCGAAGCAGCAGCAGCAGCAGCGGCGGAGCGGCGGAGGGGCGCCGGGGCCGGGCGGGCGGCGGGCGCGGCGGGGCGGGGGUGGGGGAGCGGCGCAGCCCCCCCGGGAACCGCAGCCGCCCGCCAUGGACUGGGCGGCCCUGGAGAGGCACCUGGCGGGGCUGCAGUGCCGGGAGAAGGAGCGCGGGCAGAGGGCCAACCCCGCCUCGGCUCAGAAGAAUGAGCGUGAGUCCAUCAGGCAGAAGUUGGCUCUUGGCAGCUUCUUCGACGAUGGCCCGGGGCUCUACACCAGCUGCAGUAAGAGUGGCAAGCCCAGCCUGUCCUCCCGACUCCAGAGCGGGAUGAACCUGCAGAUCUGUUUUGUCAACGACAGCGGCAGUGAUAAGGACAGCGAUGCCGAUGACAGCAAGACAGAGACCAGCCUGGACACGCCUUUGUCACCCAUGAGCAAGCAGAGCUCUUCCUACUCCGACAGAGACACGACCGAGGAGGAGUCCGAGUCCCUCGAUGACAUGGAUUUUCUCACCAGGCAAAAGAAACUCCAAGCUGAAGCCAAAAUGGCCUUGGCUAUGGCAAAGCCCAUGGCCAAAAUGCAGGUGGAGGUGGAGAAGCAGAACAGGAAGAAAUCUCCGGUGGCGGAUCUGCUGCCACAUAUGCCUCAUAUAAGCGAAUGCCUGAUGAAGAGGAGUUUAAAACCCGCCGACCUAAGAGACAUGACUAUUGGGCAGCUACAAGUGAUAGUCAAUGAUCUCCACUCACAGAUAGAAACUCCUGCUAGGGAUGUGGAGCUGCUCAUGCCUGUGGCUGAAGCACUGCAAAAUUCCUCUCCUUGCAAACCUCCCCCUGCUCAGCGUGAACUCUCCUCCUCUCUCCCCGGCCCCAGGCUUGAACGAGGAGCUGGUGCAGCUGCUGCUCAUCCGGGACGAGCUGCACACGGAGCAGGACGCGAUGCUGGUGGACAUUGAGGACCUGACCAGACAUGCCGAGAGCCAGCAGAAGCACAUGGCAGAGAAGAUGCCAGCAAAGUAAGCCCAGAGU